CCGGGCGUAGCGGCGGCGGCCCGGGAGCGGCGGGCGGUGCCCCGGAAGCGGCGCGGCAGGUGCCCCGGAAGCGGCGGGCGGUGCCCCGGAAGCGGCGCGGUCAGGGCGGCGAUGGCGGCGGAGGAGCCUCAGCAGCCGCAGCCGGAGCCGCUCGGCGGCAGCGACGCGGACGGCGUGAACUGCCUGGCCUACGACGAGGCGAUCAUGGCGCAGCAGGACCGGAUCCAGCAGGAGAUUGCGGUGCAGAACCCACUGGUGUCAGAGCGCCUGGAGCUCUCAGAGCUCUACAAGGAAUACGCCGAGGAUGACCAUGUGUACCAGGAGAAGAUCAAGGACCUGCUCCAGAAAUAUUCCUACAUCCGGAAGACACGUCCAGACGGGAAUUGUUUCUACCGCGCCUUCGGCUUCGCCCACCUGGAGGCUCUGCUGGAGGAUGGGCAGGAGCUGCAGCGGUUCAAGGAGGUGUCAGCGCGCAGCAAGGAGGAGCUGGUGGCGCAGGGCUUCACCGAGUUCACCAUCGAGGACUUCCAUAACACGCUGAUGGAGCUGAUCGAGCGCGUGGAGCGCCGUGUGCCGCUGCCGGAGCUGCUGGCGGCCUUCAAUGAGCCAGCAACCUCGGACUACCUGGUGGUUUACCUGCGGCUGCUCACCUCGGGCUGCCUCCAGCGCCACCGCCGCUUCUUUGAGCAGUUCCUCGAGGGUGGCCGCAGCAUCAAGGAGUUCUGCCAGCAGGAAGUGGAGCCCAUGUGCAAGGAGAGCGACCACAUCCACAUCAUCGCGCUGGCGCGGGCGCUGCACGUCUCCAUCCUGGUGGAAUACAUGGACCGGGGCGAGGGCGGCGCCACGAACCCGCACGUGUUCCCCGAGGGCUCCCAGCCCCGCGUCUGCCUCCUCUACCGCCCCGGCCACUAUGACAUCCUCUACAAGUGACCCCUCUGGUGCGAGAGGCCUCACACCGCCCCCCGGCCCUGGGGCCCCAACCCCACAGGCCCUCUUGUGGCCUCCCAACCCCCCUCCCUCCCCCCAAUAAAGAUGUGGGCCCA